AUGUCCAAGCUGAGGACCGCCGAGGGCAUAGACCUUCCUGAAGAAGAAGCGAAAGCUGACAAUUUUUCAGAUAUUUUUUUUCGGUCAGUUUCCACAAAGGGAACGGGAUACGAUUACCCGGCCGAUGAAUCCGAAGUAAAUACAAUAGUCGAGGCUGCCCACUUCGCCAAGGUUAUUGUCCUUAAGGAGCUGUUAGGACUAAAGAAAUCUAGGCCACCGGGUCCCGAUGAAGCACCGGCCAAGAUAUUGUAG